AUGCCCUCUGCCCCCCGCAAGGACAUCCCCUGUGAGGAGGAGGAAGAGGAAGAUGAGGAGGUUUGCUGGUUCCUGGGAGAAAUGCUGCUUUUUUACUGUUUGGCCGUCAUCGUUCUAAAACUCGGUUCCCUUGGGGCGAAGAGGUUUUUCCUGAGACAACCUUGUGGAACGCUGACCUGCAAUUGGAAGGCCCAUUCAAAAGGGGGCCAAGGGUGCAGCUGCCAGUGUCACUGCAAGAUCACCCUCUGUGGUCUGUUCAGGAAGAUCCUUGGGGGGAAAGGAAACCCAGAGGCCGGGGACCCCCCAGUCUCACCCCCCAUCAAAAAACGGCUGAAGAAGCGUCUCUCCUUGCUCAGCCAGCAGACUUUCUGCGACAGCGAUUCCUCGGGCACGGGCAGCCCGGAUUCCCAGUUAUCCUCCUGGAAGUGGAGCCAGACGGGCGACAGCGUCAGCCAGGCCAGCCGGAAGAAGAAGAAGCAGCGGGCGGCCAAGACCCCCCGGGACCCCGAGUCCUCCUGGAUGAGGCAACAGCCCUGCAUGCGUUGCAAAGCGAAGCGGACGCGCGAAUGGCUGGUGCAGCACUUCUACAACAAAGAUUUACCCUUGCAAAGCACGAAAAACUGA